AUUGGCCUUCCACACGUAUUUAAAUGAAGUAUUUGACUAUUUGGGUUUCCUUGGUUACCAGAGUCGCUGCAGACAGCUUCUUAUGGUGGGGGAGGCCGUAAACAAGUAACGCAAGACUGAAACAACCGCUAAAAUCUUUUAUCCGUUAAUGGACAUAGCGGGUGCGAUGUUGACAGCCUGGUGAAGCAUGCCCACUCCCCACUGCGGGUCCGGGUGCUCCAGGAUGCAGGUACCCUGGGCAAACCGCAGCUCCACAAUUCCUUACCCAGCAUUCCGCUUUGGCUGCUGGAGCACUGCCUGAACCUUAUGCAAAUGAGAGCAGCACAGGCUUUGACUGCAGAAGAGGAGGGGGCAGAAGGGAGUUCAUAGGUCACGGGGCUGGCUGUAAGCUGGAUCAGUUCCCUGAAAAAGAAAAAAAAAAAUGUAUCCUGGGCUUCUGCAGCCGUGUUUUGCAGCAGUUAAAGGAAGUGUGCUUUAUUUCUGAAGAUUUUACAGCGUGUGCCGUGUGCCGUAGUCAUUUAAAGUGCAUGCAGGUACAUGUGACAACGCCGCAGCUAUGAGUGGAAUUUUAAAGAGGAAGUUCGAAGAUGUGGACGCCUCCUCACCCUGCUCCUCUGCUCGGGAAUCGGAUGAUGAAGUCUCCAGCAGCGAAAGUGCUGACAGUGGGGAUAGCGUCAAUCCAUCCACCUCAAAUCACUUCACCCCUUCCUCCAUCCUGAAAAGGGAGAAACGGCUGAGGACGAAGAAUGUGCACUUCAGCUGUGUCACCGUGUACUACUUCACCAGGAGGCAGGGCUUCACUAGUGUGCCCAGCCAGGGUGGCAGCACUUUGGGGAUGUCCAGUCGCCACAACAGCGUGCGCCAGUACACCCUGGGCGAGUUUGCGCGAGAGCAGGAGCGCCUGCACCGGGAGAUGCUGAGAGAACACCUCCGGGAGGAGAAACUCAACUCUCUCAAACUAAAGAUGACUAAGAAUGGCACUGUAGAGUCUGAGGAAGCUAGCACCCUGACCGUGGAUGACAUUUCCGAUGACGAUAUUGAUCUAGACAACACAGAAGUGGAUGAAUACUUCUUCCUACAACCCCUGCCCACAAAAAAGCGGAGAGCUCUGCUGCGAGCCUCGGGGGUGAAGAAGAUCGACGUUGAAGAGAAGCACGAACUGCGGGCCAUCCGCCUUUCUCGGGAGGACUGUGGCUGUGACUGCAGAGUGUUCUGUGAUCCAGAAACCUGUACCUGCAGCCUGGCAGGCAUUAAAUGUCAGGUGGAUCGUAUGUCUUUCCCAUGUGGCUGCACUAAAGAAGGCUGUAGUAACACAGCAGGUAGAAUUGAAUUCAAUCCUAUCCGUGUCCGGACUCAUUUUUUGCACACAAUAAUGAAACUUGAACUGGAGAAGAACCGAGAGCAACAAACCCCCACGCUGAACGGCUGCCACGGGGAGAUAAGCACCCAUGGUCCUUCCAUGGGCCCUGUCGCUCACUCUGUAGAAUAUUCUAUCGCAGACAAUUUCGAGAUUGAAACCGAACCCCAGGCUGCUGUGCUGCACCUGCAGGAGGAACUGGACUGCCAAGGAGAUGAGGAGGAAGAGGAGGAGGACGGAAGCAGUUUCUGCAGUGGAGCCACUGACUCUAGCACCCAAAGCCUGGCUCCCAGUGAAUCGGAUGAGGAAGAGGAGGAGGAGGAGGAGGAAGAAGAGGAGGAGGAGGAAGAUGACGAUGAUGACAAGGGAGAUGGCUUUGUAGAAGGGCUCGGAGCCCAUACAGAAGUCGUCCCCCUUCCGUCUGUCCUUUGUUACUCUGAUGGCACCGCAGUUCAUGAAAGCCACACAAAAAAUGCUUCAUUUUACGCUAGCUCUUCAACUCUCUACUACCAAAUAGAUAGUCACAUCCCAGGAACUCCUAGCCAGCUCUCUGACAACUACUCUGAAAGAGAUACUGUCAAAAACGGUGCCCUUUCGCUGGUGCCUUACGCCAUGACCCCAGAGAGGUUUGUUGACUACGCCAGGCAAGCAGAAGAGGCCUAUGGAGCCUCUCACUACCCAGCUGCCAAUCCGUCUGUCAUCGUUUGCUGCCCCACCUCUGAAAACGAUAGUGGGGUGCCCUGUAGCCCCUUGUAUCCUGAACACAGGUCCAAUCUUCCCCAAGUGGAGUUUCACUCAUACUUGAAAGGCCCUACCCAGGAAGGGUUUGUCUCCACAUUGAAUGGCGACAGCCACAUUUCAGAGCAUCCUGCAGAAAAUCCUUUGAGCCUUGCAGAAAAGAGCAGAUUGCAUGAAGACUGCAUUCAGUCUCCCGUGGUGGAAACGGUCCCCGUUUAGUUGCUUAAAUUAUUCUAUUACAGGACCAAAUCUUCUAUUUAAGGCACUGUAUUGCCUUUGCUGGGCUCAUCGUUGUUUAAACCUGAAGGCCAAGAAUUAUGUGGACUAUGAUUAAUCUUCCAGACAGUAUUUCCUUCCUUCCUUUCUAGCUUCCCAACUGUGGCGUGGCACAAAUACAGUCGCUAUGGGGAUUUUAAACGAUUUUGAACUGUUUUGAUAGAAAAAUGCUAAAUUUAAAAAAAAAAUGCAUAUCUCACAGUUGCCUACCUGUCAAACUGUGUGAAACCUGCCAAGCUAUGCAGAUCAUAGCUCCAAGUUUUAGAUUAUCGGGCCUGUGCAAAAUUGUUAACUAAGACUAGAAAACAAGCAGAUUUAGAGUCCUAAUUUUUCGAUAUAUCUGAAGAUGAUGGUGACUUUUUAAUGUAAAAGUAAUUAUUGUAAGAAAAAAAAGAUUGAAUCGUUUUCUUGUGUAUUUUAUUUAUGGUAGUUUAGAAGUCAUGCUUUGAAGAAAAUGAACAGCAUGUUCAUUGAAGCUGAAGACGUGUUAGCUAGCACCACAGAGCAUGCCCAGACAAUUGCAUCUGGAAUCCACCCACAUUUUUACGAUCAUGACUGAGCAGAUUUGCAAAUACUUUCUUAAGGAUGAAAUAGGCCUAUUUUUGCUAUUUGGGACAAAUGAGUCUAUAUGUGCAGGUCCUUAUGCAGUUUUCUCUCACGUUAAGAGUUAGGACAAUCCUCUGGCGAGGGUCUAGUCCUCCGCUCUCCCUCAGCUGAGAUAGACGGAAUUGCCUUUCCUUUGUUAAACAGUGUCAUCUUGUUUAUUAGCUUGGACAGCACCUUUAAACUCAACUCCCUCCUUCAGAAUGCACUUUAGUGCCCCUUCACGGUACCUCGUGUGGGAUGGGGUCUCAGAAGGCUUUGAAAUAAUUUUUUUUUUAAUUAUUAAAAAGUAACUAAGGUUUAUACAAUAGAGAGAGGAUUCUUCCAAUGGCAUGAGGGAGAAUGACUUGUUUCUUGUUUUCCUUCACCGCUACUAGGACCUAACUCAAUCCUUACAGCAAGAAGUCUGGGGGUGGGGGGUGGGGAGGGCAGAGCCUCAGCACCCCGUCUACACCUCGAUCACCCCCGUCUCUACAAAAGCAAAAAUGUGUAAUGAGAUUUCCACUUAAUGGCUAGCUGAUUCAAGGCAGGUCGGGGCUCACUGACUCGUUAGGCUUCGUUUUCUGGAGCUUUUUUUUUUUUUAAAUAUGUCUUGCCUGGGGUAGUCAGCAGCACAGCCCAGAAUGCAUUGCGAAGGCAGCCACCUCAACCUUCUCUUCCUUAGUAAAGAGAAUGGAUAGAAAGGAGACACGUCCCCGCCUGCCUGCUUCGAGCCUCACCUCGGAGGACUUGGAGCAACUUCUUUCCCAUCAGCUUAAGCAGCCAUAGAACGAGUGUUACGGUUUCCCCCGAUGCAGUUAUUCUGCUCAAUCUGUUUUCCAGUUUUGACAUUGUAUUGUGACAUCAUUUCUCAUACCUUUUGGCUAUUUAAAACGUAGACACGUAGUAAUGGCGUCUUCUAAGUUUUUUAUGCCUCCUUGAUGUGGGCAUUUGAAUAACUUUCAGAUUUCAGUUCCUUACAGAAUACUAUUUGAUCUGACCAGGCUUGAAUGUGCUUCAGAGUCCUCUGGUGAGAAGCCGCUACUUAAACUCCAUGUGGGGAAAGUACGUUCGCUUGUGGAGUUGUUUCUUCUCUAAGCCACCUCAAGACUAAAUCAACACUAAUUUUUACUACCAUUAAAAGGACUUUGGGUUUGUCAUGCUAUUGAAAGCAGUAAUGGGGGCUGACUACUCCUUUUGGUUGACCGGUGGGGCUAAUCUGGUGGGAAUUUACUCAGACUGUGGUAAUAUGUCCAGAGUUCUCUGCAGCGUUGCCAUCAGUAGCGUUUGAUUUCCAGUUAGGCUGCCUCCUGCCCACACAAUCUAAAGGGCAGGCGCUCAGAGAAGAAAUGACAAAAAGCUAGUGUUCCUUCGUUCAAGUUGAUGAAAGAAUUCUGUGUUCCAUAUUUGCUGAGCCAUUCCAACCUCUGGAAGUAUCUCCUGGUGAGACACUCGCAGGCUAUUCUUGGAACAGAGUGUGGGGCGGCCCAGGGUGAUCCUGACUAGGGUAGAGUUGAUUUGGUGAAUGACAGUCCACUUCCUGGAUCCUCAGAGAUGUUUCUUUCGGUCCAGCUUUAUUUUCACAAAGUUUGGAGCAUUUUGGUAUCUCAUCUGGUUUCCCUUUUGUAGUCCUCGCUUUUCAGAAACAGAGCUUUCUUUCUUCCUUUCUCUAUUCAAGUGAGAUAAAAAGUUUCACUCUGCUAAAGAUAAUUACCUUUCUAAGCAUGAAAGCCGACAUGCCAAGUUUUCACACCCCUAAGUAGACAUCCCUCAUGAAUCAGAAUCGCUACAGGCCAUCUAUUUUAGCAACAAUAGCAAAUCAAACCCUACUUGCCUUAUCUUUAUUAGACACACACAAACACAGAAUACACAUACAACAUCCUCUAGAGAGGGGCAGAUUGUGGGCAGUAGGUAGUAAUGAAUACUGGAUAGUUAGUUCCUAAAGUACAAUCAGGUUCUGCUUUGCCUAAAACCAUAAAGAGAAGAGAAUUUUGAGAGCAAUUGGUUGAAAGUAUUCAGUUAAAGUUACAAAUAAUAUUAAUGAGGAAUUAUUUCAUUGUGACUUCCUUUCCCAGAAGGAACAGAACAGAGAGCGCAAUGGUUAUUCUGGCUUGUUCUUUCUGCUAAUAGGCCUAGUCAAUAGAGCAACCCAAGUGCCAGGCAAGUUCCAGGCAAGUGCCUCAGUCAUGAUUGCUUUUCGAGGGGAGAGGAGCACUUAUACCAGGUUGAGACACUUUAAAUCUUUGUACCAAGGGACAAUGAUUUGACCUGCAGCUGUUGUGUUACUUCUGUUAGUAUAUCUAACCAAAUUAGAGUCUCUCUUUGCACACAGUUCCCAAGUCAAGCACUAUCAACUGCAAGGCCCAGUGUUCCAGACCUAACCUAAAUAGUUUAAAGAUUUGAUUACCAGCUAUACUAGCCAAGUAUAGCUGGCCAGUCAUGUGGCCUGAGCAGCCUCACUCCCCUUUAAAUUUUUUUUUUUAAUUUUUCAUUGGUAGAAAGAAAUAAAGAAUAUUUUAAGUCCCUCCCCUGAUCUAUUGAUCAUCCAAUAUUGAAAUGUGUGUAAAAUCCAAUUGUCUCUUUUCUUUUGGUAGAUUGAAUAAUGGACUAUUUGAAAGCCAGUCUGGUGAUAGAAUUAUGUUUUUCUGCCCAUGUCAUGCCAACCACAUGUAAAAUAUCUAACAUUUGCUCAAGGGAGGAAAUCCUGAUAAUCACAUGGCCCAGCAGGACCACCUUCUUCUGCUCACUCCUACAAAGCAGUGCCAGUUAUAGCAACUUGACACAAUUCUCAAGGAUGCUGAGGUUGUAUCCAUUAUAUUCUAAGCAAAAUUAUGACUUAGAUUUUAUUAGACAAGAUUACCAUGAUUUAUUUUUGUAAUAGAUACCUCAAUUUUUUUUUAUUGCUGCCUUGUACAAGUUCUUAAUGACUUGGCAUUGAUAUUCAGAAUGUGUUAGCUAUGCACUUUUUCUUUUCACCAAUAUUUAUUGAUUACCACCUAUGUUAUAACAGCUGACCUGGUAGCAAAAAGAGCAGGGGACUCCCAUAUUUGUAAGGGUGGGGACAAGGAAUGGUGACAUGAGAUGAUCCUGGAAUCCUCCAUGUCCUGUUGGAAGCACUGUCACCCAUUCUUCUUAUGCUGUACAACCUGCAUCUAAAUGGUGCUGAUUUCCCUACAUUGAUUGAACUUACUACAUCCCCCUGAAGCUUAGGAAAUACGUUUGGAUUCAGGGAAAAGAUGUUCAGAAAAAUUGCUUAUUGGAUGCAGCACUAUCUAGGAAAAUGUCGAAUGUAUGCCAGUAAAACUUCCACCAGUUUUGGGAGGAGAGUUAAUUAAUUCAGAACCCAAAGAACUUCAGAAGCAGAGAGGGACAUGACCCUCUUACUCAUUUUAUAAAACAGCUAGUAAGAUGGCAAAACCCUGUGCACAAAGGCACUGACUGAAAGAAAACAGAAAAUGAGGGAGGUUAUUGGUGACCCCUUUCUUUAGCUGUAGUAACAAUCCAGUGACAGUUUACAGUCAUUCUAGUUGACAUAUGAAAUGCCAAGUGUAAAUGGAAAGCACCUCUAUGCUUGCAAGGUCAAAGUGACUCUAAUUUGAAAUUGUAACUAUUGUAUUGUUCCCAUGACCAACACCUGAAGUGCAAGUCUUGUGUACGUUUGCUACCAAUACGAACUUGAAGUUUCUUAUUACAUCAUUUUCCAAGAAUUACGAGCGUGUGGCAGAGUCAUUUAGAUGUUACAGCUUUGUGCCCACAGUUCUGCUCAUCGGACAUUUUCUGUAGCAUGGCUGUGUGUUACUAAACAGCACAGCAUCUUCCUCUUUCGUUGCUCAUCAGAAACAAAAACCUAGAAGCUGAGUACUUCCUGGGUUUUCUCUAGUGGUCAGUAGUAGCAUUAGUCUUCACUGUAUGCUGUCUUGCCUGCCUUGGUUAUUUCCAUUCUGCCAGCUAAAUCAGAAGAAGGGGAGUUGGGAGAGGAGGAACAAACUUCAGAGCCUAAACCAUAUACCUUUUCAGUUCAUUGACUGUGGGUAGAGUUUUCUUUUAAUGGCCUUAAUAGAGCAGCUGGAAGUUCAGUACAUGCAGAUAGUUCUUACACAUGGGAAAAGAAAUCACUCCAAAGAUUUAUGACCUGUGGGUUACUGUUUUCCUUUCUUGCAAUUAGCUUUUCACUAGACAGGACCACUGCUUUGUAUCUGACCCUUCAUGCUUGCUUACAUUUCAAGAAAAGACAUUUCUAUUGUUAUUUGAUUUCAUCUUUCACAAAAGCAACCAACCUUAUAAAGAGGGAUGAUCGAUGUUGUUCUAGACAGCAUUUGUCCAAGGCAGCUUUGCUGUGAUUCCUCCAUCUAUCUCAUUAGCAUACUGAUAGUAAAGUCAGUUCAAAUUAGAAACUUUGCCACAUGUGCAAGGCCAUCUAAGCAUCUUUAAGGAUAAUGUAUAUUGAUUAGAAAGGGCUAUAAGGUGAGAAAUGGAAUAGAAAUCAGCCUUGCUUUUGUCAAAACUGAUUUAGAUGGCUUUCCUGAUUUUUAGUUGUAACUUUAAAAUAUGUCCAUAGUUAAAUGUCUUGUUUCUUCUUUUUAACUCUUUUCCAAUAUUUUUUAUCUGGCUUAGAAUAAACCUAAAAAUUAUUUAUGGAGUACUUGGAAUAAAACUGAACUUUAGGAAGUCUCUUUACAAUGUAUCUAGAAAAUUCUAUCCGGACUAUGAUUGCUCACGCUCCUCUCAUGUGCCCUGGGGUAGAUUGUUAUUUCUGUGUCAUAGAAAUAUCAAAAGGCAAUUUGUAGCACAUUUUAUCCAAUAUUGCUUUGUCCUCUUUUCCUGUUGGUCAUCAAUCUUUCUCUCUUUUCUUAAAAAUACCAUCCAUAUUAAAAACUAAUUUGAAGAACUGUGUGAAUUAUAGACGUUUAUUUAAUUAUGAAGAAAACAAAGUGCUCAGUUUUAAAUCUAAAUUCCCCUAAAGAGGGAAAAAAUAGCUAAAGUUAGGGUAUAAAUUGUUACCCAUUUAAAAAUUAAGUAUUUAUACUUGAAGGAUGUAAUGUUACCUAAAUGAUAUCUGGACUUGAUAGAUUUUUAAAUUUUAAUAGCUACAAAUGUCAUUUUUAAAUUAUAACUAAUCACAGUCCACAGCUAGGCUAUGUCAUGUCCAACAGGUGACUUGGAACAGCUUAAUCUCCUUAAAGCUAUUCACAGAGACCAACCAAGCAUGAAUAAUGGAAGGCUUGAGAUUUCUCUGUAUUCUUCAGAUUGUAUAGGCCCGAGCCUAAGAGAGAUCUCCAGAGGUCGCACGGCUCGUUCAUCUACCUCUGGGGAGGACUGUCAGUCAGGCAUAUCCAACAACACAGAUACCCAUUUAUUCUCGACUCCUCUAGGGAAGAUGGUUUCCUUGGCAACAGAAUCCAGCUCUUUCAGGUUUUCUCACAAUAAGAACAUAUCUUGGCCUGUGUUUGUGGAAGAGGCACCUGGCAACAGUCGUGGUGAUUUGGACAAUUGUGCUGGAAGACUGUAGAGGUUGGGUACCCCUUCAUUUGCUGAUUACUGCAUAAGGCAAUUCUCUAAAUGUCUUAAGAAAGCAAAUCUGAAAAGAGAAUGUAGGUACUUGGAUACUUCGUAAUGUAACCUGCUUUGGGAAAAUAAAGGCACUAGGCAGUUUUUAUUCAUUUAUAUUAACUUUUUAAAAUUACUGUCAUGUUAGGGGGAUGAUUAUUUUAUAUCCCAGUCACUAAUGUCAGGACUAGAGUCAAGUGACUUGACUUUUUUUCCUCGAGACAGGGUUUCUCUGUGUAGCCCUGGCUGUCCUGGAACUCACUUUGUAGACCAGGCUGGCCUCGAACUCAGAAACCCUUCAAUUCUCUGAGAAGUUACAAUUUUAAAACAAAAAGGCUGGUUUUUUUUCUAUGUGCUUACUUGUGAGCAAGUACCUUCUUGGUAACCUUCUUUUAGUGUAAGUAACAAAUGAGAAUCUAGACUUCUCCUCCUGGAAAUGUGAUUGAAGAAUCUAAUAGGGAGUAAAAUGACUCCAAAGAAUCACUGGGCCACCAUUUGGUCCUAGCCUGUGUAUGAGGUUGUUGUGUAAACAAUAACUGCUUACAUUCUCAAAGAUCAGUGAUUUUUUUUUUUGUUUUAGGUGAUUUAAAAUGUGUCAUCUUGACAAGGCCUGAAAACUAAAAGAGUUCUAGAAAGGGGUGAUGUUUGUUUUCUUUUUUUCCCUUGGUGAAAUCACUUGACCGGGAUACUUCCUGCAAGCUUUCAGAGCAUUUUCUGUUUGCUGCAACUCUGACACAGCAAGAACAGGAGCUAAGGACCACCCUGGGAGUCAGCGUUUCCUCUCUCCAUGGCUCUUGCCCAAUCUCAAUAAUGGCUGCUUUUCCCCACCUGGGUGCUUGAGUGACAUGACAGCCACAUGAACGUACUUUGUCCUCAUGAGUAACACUACAUGGAAGUGACCCAGUGACACUUUCAGUUAAAAAAGAAAAAAAGAAAAAAGAAAAAAAAAAAAAAAGAAAACGUUUCUCUAGAAUGCUAAUGUAAUGAAUGGUGAAUCAAAUUUGGCUUAUGUUUGAAUUGACUCUAGGCACCUCAACAGAAAGAAGUCUGAGGCAUAGUUUGUGAAACAUGUUUCAAAUGUGUUUGAUGAUGUAUAAUAAAUGCUAGACAAUACAGUGCAGACAUAGUAAAAGAAGACCCCGAACCUGUAGAUUACAACUCGGUUCCUAAGAAUUCAGCCUUUGUUGCGUCUUUGUAAUGUUCCUCUGCCUUCUCCUUAGUUUAUUGCAUUUUGGUGUAAUCACCCCUUAAGAUAGAGCUAUGAAUACAGUAUGUACUGGUUCUUGCCUCUUCGUGCAGAAAAGGCAUUUUGUUCUUUCCGUGUGUUUCCCUCAGUGUCUGUCACAGGGUAUAUAAAUUUGAUAGGGAAGGCCAUUUGGCAUUGGUCAACAAAACACUUGGCACAUUUCAAUUCCAUACAUUCCAUUGGUUGCAUAGGUAAAUGUCACCCUUUGCAGUGUCUUUGUCUCAAUCACAGUCUUAGACAUCAACCGCGCCUCCACCUGCAAGCUGCCAUAGGAACUUGGUACGUUUGAAAACCCUUGUAAGAUGCAGUGAGCUGGUAGAUCAUGUGAUCCUGAGGACUCAUUCAUCCUUCUCUGUGGAAGCACUCAUGCAUUAGGAAUGCUCCCUUAAACAAGGGCAGUCUUCUGAGGCAAUUGUUUUAGGUGUUUGCAUUUUGGCCUGUUGGAAGCUGGCGGGGGUAGUGGGAAUUGCAUCACCAAAAACUCAGAAAAGCCACAGUAUGGUAAAGUACACUUUAACAUUGAUUGAUUUGUAUCUUUCAACUGAUUUAUAUUGUUACUUUUACCCGAUAGGUUUUCGAUUGAUAUUUCAUUACUGUUAUGUGCACUCUGAUGACUUGUCAAAUUGAAAGGGAAGAAAAUCAAACCACAAUCCAUACACUCAUUUUUAUACCAUGAUGUCAUGUUGUAUGUCACAGUUUGCUAGCCUGCUUUCUCUUGUGUACAAGUUAUGACAUCAAAGAUGCCAAAGGGGAUAUGAAAUAAGCUACAAUGAUAUUCCACAGAAUUUAACCUGGACCUUAUGUUGUAAUUAUUUAUACAUUCAUAUUAGCUGUAGUCUUCUGUAUUUAUAUUUUCAGUAUUUAUUAUGAAUGACAUGGAGAUUCCUGUAUUUAUUGUGGCUUUCUGUUGCAGUGUGUGUAUGUAUGUAUGUGUGUGUGUAUAUAUAUAUAUAUAUAUAUAUAUAUAUAUACAUACAUAUAUAUACAUAUAUACAUCACAAAUAAGCAUUUUAAGUCUGAUCUUUAAGUUUAUUAGUGGCACUUGUAUUGUGCUGUACUUUUUAUUAUAUAUUGUACAAUAGCUUGUCCAUUUGUUUGCAACAGAGUAAAACUGGUUUCUAAGUUGUA